ACGAAUGUCCGUCGAGCACCUCGGCUAAUCGGGAUUCGGCAGACCGGCGGGUGGGCAGGCAAGCAGUCUCUCGAUAAUCGCCGAAUGCCGUACGCCCACCCUCCUUGUUCAGCGGGGAAUUCCGAGCCCGGUCGCCGUGGAAUUCUUUGGCCGAGCGUGGCAGGGAGGGAGGGGAGGAAGGGGUGCGCCGUGCCGUGUGCGCAGGCGCGCUGGCCUGGGCCGGCCACCGGCCGCCAGUCGCCAUGUACCUGCCGCCGGUGCUGCUGGUGGCGGCGGUGGCCACCGCGUGCGCGCUGCACGCGCAAGAGCUCGCCGGCGCGGAGAAGGUCGCGGCAGGCAGCAACGCGUCUGCGCCCUGCGCGCCCAUCACCGUCGACGAGUUGCUGCGCGUGCUGGGCGGAGCCUACAACGGGCGCUACAUGGCGGUGGAGCAGCCGCCGUCGCUGCAGUCGGGCCGGCCCGACCGCAGCAGGCCCAACGGGACGGCGCAGGUGGGCGACGGCGCGGAGCUGGAGCUGGAGCUGGAGCUGGAAGAGGACGCAGAGGGCUUCGCGGUGCCAGCCGGCCACCGCGCGCUGCUGGGCCACUCGGCCGCGUGGCUGCCGCAGCCCGACGAGCGGCGGGGCGAGGGCGUGGGCGUGCCUACGCCCAAAGCCACGGCAGCCAGCGCGCCCGCCGCCGCGCUCCACCCAGAUCAGCAAGAUACACAAAGACAUUACAUCGCAGUUGUUGUUGCUGUUGCUGUUGUUGUUGCUGUUGUUGUUGCUGUUGUUGUUGCUGUUGCUGUUGCUGUUGCUGUUGCUGUUGCUGUUGUUGUUGUUGUUGUUGUUGCUGUUGUUGUUGCUGUUGCUGUUGUUGUUCUGAUUAUGGUUGUUGUUGUUGUUGUUGUUGUUGUUGUUCUGAUUAUGGUUGUUGUUGUUGUUGUUGUUGUUGUUGUUGUUAAAGCAUAUAAAUACACCGUGUUUUUUGCAGGGGCGCCGCUGCGUCGGGUCCCGCGCCACCAGCCGGCCUUCAACCCGACGCCGUGGGCGUGCGAGGGGCGCGUGCUGUGGGCCGACCUGGGCGCCGACUACUUCCCGCGCUUCCUGCGCUCCGUGGAGUGCACGGAGCGGCGCUGCUGGUACGACCGCUUCGAGUGCCGGCCGCGCGCCUUCGCCGUCAAGGUGCUGCGGCGCGUGCCGGGUAAGUGCGCGCCACCGCCCCCGCACGCGGAAAGACCCUCCCGCGGCGGAGGCGUCGCUCCCACGCCCUCCGCCCCCACCGAGCUGUGGCUGUGGGAGGAGCGCGCCGUGGCCUUCUGCUGCGAGUGCGCCUCCGUCACGGUGUAGCAGCGCUUCCGGCGACGCCCACCGGCGCAGGUGGGAGCCGCCGAGUUAGUCCCUCUUCCUGUGACGUGACCGUAACUCUGCGGGGGCACACGAUGACCCGUCAUGGUCUUGCCGGUGGCACUCUGGCAGAGUAGAUGUAAAAGGCACCGUCCUCUCUCCACAGGGGCUUGCAAUUCUGGCUUGUGCUGGUUGUAAAUGUCGUCGACGCAUUAUUUCACGUGUUGAUCCAACGUAGGAGCGGUACCGCGGCGACAAAUUUAACACGAACUAGAGUUCGCUCGAGAGUAGGCGAGGCCCUUUAGUUCUUAAUCCACUCCGACAUGUUUUUUCCUGCCCCCCCCCCCCUCCGUGGAGCCUUUUCUGAGAGCACACCGCCACCACAUAGUCCGCAGAAAUCAGCGCGUUUCAGGAGGCCAGUCAGCGUUACAGCCUUCGCGCAUCUCUAAACCGACAGCCCUACGCGGUGUCAGCUCUGGUUCGCCUCGUCAAACCUGUGAUGAAGUCCUAUCAGCUUUUGAUGACACGCUACAGAAUCGACGGCAACGCUUUGAUUGCAUUCCCACCAGCACUGCUGCCAUAUAGCCGCCCCUCCGACACUGCCUGCCCAAACCGCCGCUGCAGCUGACCAUUUGGAGCCCUGCCCCCGCCAGGAACGGUUGUGCCUACAAUAGUAAAUAAUUGGAUCAUGUAUUUUACACUCAAUGUGCCUUUUACCCGUAAUCCUUCCUUUCAGCUUCUCCCAUUUUCCCCCAACGCCGGAGUUUUUACCUGUUUCAGCAGCACAUUCCUUUCCUUUGGAAAUCCCGCCUUCCUUUCUCCACCCCCUCCCCCUUUCACCUCUCACGGCAAUGACACUAAUGGUAAAUUGCACUCCUGGACACAGUUUUGUUAUGUUAUCCUCAUGGGAUACUUAUAAAGAGACUACCAUUUCUUGUCGUUUUCUUCGCCAGAAAGAUUCAAGAAAAUGUAUGCAUGAAAAGUGUUCAUUAAACUUAACCAACAGAAGAAUUUGAUGCCGUAAUGUCUGACCACUAACUCUGUGUUAUCUGCUAUUGAAAAUUUCUUCAAACACGGACCUGACGGUUUUGAAGAAUACAACGUGAUGAAAGCAGAAAAUGAAGUUAAUGAUGUGUAUUUAUAUGUGCUAAUGAAUGUUUGUGUUAUGUGGACUCUUUUUAGAGAGAAAAAAAUACCUUUGAGUAAAAGUUCAGUAGACGUUCGCAAUAUCAAGUGUGUGCUUAUCUCUGAUAAGUGAUUCUAGUCAAUUUUCUUGGAUAUUGCCAACUCUUAUCACGACAGUGGCAAUGAGAUACUUCUAUCUAGCACCAUACACAUUAGGUAAUAAAAAACAGUGAAGGAAACAUCUUUUUACCUGAUAACUGAAAUAAAUUAGAUUAAUUUAUUUAUGGUCUUUACUUUGGUAUGCAAAAAUGUUCCUUCACAUAAUAAAAAAGAAACUGUAUUGAAAAUGGAAGUGUAAAAGUUUGCUAAUAUUUCUAUAGUGUGUGUGUGUCCAUUUUUACUAUUUUUGAAAGUAAGUAAUGUACAUUUUGUAUAUAUAAUUUCAUAGUUUUAUUACAUUGUAAUAGUGGUGUGUACAAACUAUAUAAAAUCAUAAUAUAUUUUUAAAAUAUAUUGGUUUCAUUUUUUAUUUAACGCAAACAUUAUCAGAAAAAAAUAAUUUUUGUAAAUUAGGGAAAAGCUGUUAUUAAAUUUGGUGACAUUCAAUAGGGUUGCUGCAAUAAGGUUUGCUGUUGGAUAUUUAUAAAUCAUACACGAAAUAGACAUACAAAUAUUACAUACAAAUCGCCAAGUAAAAACUAAUCAGGCCUCGCUUAUUGCUGAAUGCCUGUGAAAAUUAAUAUAGAAAUCAAAAGAAAAAGAUAAUAAACAAAAAUCGGUGAACACCUCAAUCGAAAUAGACUGCUCUUAAUUAUUUCUAGUGAAAACUUCAAAAUAUGGAUCGUUAGGGAACCCUUUAUAAUCUAUGGCUCUUAUUUCUCUAUAAAAAUGGAAUAUAGAUAAUAAGAUUUUUUAAUAAAUUGUUUAAAAAGUUGAUAUCAUAAUUGAGAAUGUAUCUGUCUGUUUAGUUGCUAAUGACCUCGAUGUCUAUGCAACUUGGAAAACCUCCCACCACAACUUCAUCAUUUGUAUAUUUUACACUUUCAUGUAUAUUUACUAUAUAUUAAUUUGACCAUCUCGUCAAUAACUUCAACAAAAUCGAGACGCGUGUGAUUGCGAAGUGAACCGUGUGAAAUGAUGGUUUCCUAUUUUAGGAGCUAGCACAGUUCAUAGACUAAAACAUAUGAUAAAUAAUACUAACAUGAGUGUGGUAUUUUAUGUAGAGGCUCUUGUUUGGAGAUUUCUCCGUAGUUUGAUGAAAUAUCAGUCUUGGUGUUCUGAAAGUUUAAGGGAAAGAAUGUAGCACUGGAUUUUACUAAAAAAAUUGUUUUGACGUCCGUGAAAUAAAUACAGAAUUGCAUAAAUUAUAAUUAGGGUCAAAAUGUACCAAAAUCAAACCCUAGUAAAAUUACUCCCUUUUCAUCACGAAAAGGGGAAAAUUGCGUUCUUAGUAUCCUUUGAAUUUUGUUCUUCGUUAGUCUCUUAACUACAUUUUUAAUUUACACUUUGUUGUUUGAAACUUCUUUCCAAUAUACACAUUUUUUUCAAAACUUGGACAAAUCUUGUGUAGAUUCUGUUGUAAUGAUAGAUUACUUUCCUAUUUAUGAACUUUAAUUAAAAGUUUACCCCCGAAAUAAUUGUUUCAUUCUCCUAUUUUAAUUAUCCAAUUUUAGCAGUUUUCUUGUUACAUUGUCCAAACCCAUAAUCAUUGAUUACGCCAGAGAUUUGGAUAACAGAAAAUGUAGAUUUACUUGUUACCAAAUCUGCAUUUAUAAUGAAGUUCAUUCUGGCAAGUAAAGUACUCGCUAUUGUUAAAUCACUCAUUUCACUUGCUCAAUGUUUUACAACAUAUUUCGUAAUUACAUCUUAUCACUUUACACAGACGACCGUCGGGAUGCUACAUCUUCAAUUAAGUCAUAUGCUGUGUGAUAUCCAUGUUGUUCAGGUUCCUGUUUCCCAUGAAGAUAGGCAGGAUACCACACGAUGAAAGAAACCACUGAAAAACAAGGGAGAGUAAAUUGUAUUGAUGAAGCCAGUACAUAGUACCAGAAGUGCUCAAUUAUUUCAAG